AUGGCUUCUCCAACUUCAACAUGUCACGCGGAUGCUCUAUUUCACUCCGUAGCGCGCCUCUCUACUGUCCGUUCGCUCUCCUGCGCCUUCCCCCUUCGUCGCGCCUCCUCGUCUCACAUUCCCGGUGGUAGCGCGCUGUUUUUUGCUCGUAGCGCGCUCAGCCGCCUCCCCCUCCCCUCCGCCCCCCUUCCCGUCUCGUCGCGCGCGCAUUGCGCUGCCGUCGCCGCGCGCGCUUUGCUUUGUCGAGCAACGCGCGCGCUUGCCUCCUCUGCGACGCACCCUUCCCCUUCCCAAUCCCCCCUCCCCUCCCUCGCCCUCCUCCUCCUUUCCACUCUCCUUUGUCCAUCCCUCCCUAUCUCACCUCUUCCUCCUCCUCCUUUCUCUCCUCAUCUGCUGCAACUCGUGCGUGCUUGUGGCGCGCUCUUCCCACAAACCCGCCCCUUCACCAUCCUCCUCCUCUCCUCUCUCCCUCUAACUCCCCUUCCGCUCGUUUUCCUCCACCUCUUUUCUCUCCCCAUCUGCUGCAGCUGCAUAGCAGCAGACUACCUCGCCACUAUCCCUCCUCCUCUAGUUUCUCCCCUCAGCGGCGCAGCAGAAGAAUACUUCGCCAAUAUCCCUCCUCCUCUAGUUUCUCCCCUUAGCGGUGCAGCAGCAGAGUACUCCGCCGCUAUCCCUCCUCCUCUAGUUUCUCCCCUCAGCGGCGCAGCGGCAGACUACUCCGCCAAUAUCCCUCCUCUUCUAGUUUAUCCCCUCAGCGGCGCAGCAGCAGACUAUUCCUCCACUAUCCCUCCUCCUCUAGUUUCUCCCCUCAGCGGCACAGCAGCGGACUACUCCACCACUAUCCCUCCUCCUCUAGUUUCUCCCCUCAGCGGCACAGCAGCGGACUCCUUCGCCCUUAUUCCUCCGCCUCUUAUACCUCUCCCCUUAUCUGCUCUGCAGCUGUCUCCUCCUCCUUAUGGCGACCUCUCUUGCCCUCCCCUCCCUCCCUCUGCUGGUCCUGGUUCUGGCGCCAUUCCUAAACCUGCCUCUGCACCUACCUCUACCUCCUCUGACCCCUAUGCUGAUGGCCUUCGUGCUGCUAUCGCUGAAACUGGGCGGAUUGCGGCCACGGCCCAAGCCACUGCUGCGGCUGCUCCUGACAAUGCUACAGCCCGUGACCUUGCUCGUGUCCUUGCUGAGUCCCUCGAGAGCACCCGCAAGUGCCUCACUUAG